AUGAUCACCAUCCAUCAACGCACGAGCUACUUGGUAGCUGCAAAGCUCCAGAAGCGAUCCCUGCUAGUUGCUAUCAAUUCGCUUGCUGCAAUAUCCAUCUUCUUCUUCGGAUAUGAUCAGGGUCUCAUGGGCGGCGUCAACGAGUCUCCUGACUAUGUGAAAACCAUGAAAAUUGGACAUGUCGAUGCCCAAGGAGAACUUGUCAUCACCAACACGCUCCUACAAGGAGGCAUCGUUGCGAUCUUUUACAUUGGCACUUUGGUCGGCUGUCUGGCAGGAGGCUCGUUCGGUGACCGUUACGGAAGAAUUAGUGCCAUUGGUCUCGGAGCUGUGUGGGCCAUCCUGGGAGCCGCCCUGCAGACUGCUGCGCAGAAUCACGUGUGGAUGCUGUGUUCUCGCGUCAUAAAUGGGAUCGGCGUCGGUGUGCUCAAUGCUAUUGUACCCGCAUGGGCAUCCGAGGUCGCCGAGUACAAAUCCCGUGGUGCCUUCAUCGCCAUGGAGUUCACACUGAACAUCUUUGGUGUCGUCGUGGCCUACUGGCUGGCGUAUGGUGUGUCGUACGUCGACAAUGGCGCAAGCGCAUUCCGUUGGAGAUUCCCAAUCGCUUUCCAGAUUAUCCCGCUCCUGGUCCUCCUUGCCAUAUGCUGGUUCUUCCCAGAGUCUCCGCGCUGGCUUGCCAAAGUCGAGCGAGACGAAGAGGCGUAUUACGUUCUCCAGCGUCUACGUGGAACUGGAGGCGACGACGUUGGUAAAGCCGAAGCUGAACUCAAAGACAUUCGGGAUUUGGUGGUGGCAGAGAAGACAGCGAAACACAACCAUUCCUACGUACACAUGUUCUUGGGCCUUGGGUCAGGCAAGCUACACACCGGUCGUCGUGUUCAGCUCUGUAUCUGGCUGCAGAUCAUGCAAAGCUGGACAGGCAUCGCAGGUGUCACGAUCUUUGGCCCCAAGAUCUUCGCCAUUGCUGGAUAUGCCGAUCGAAAGGGACAGUGGAUUGCAGGAUUGAACAACAUCUUCUAUACUUUGGCGACACUUAUCUGUGUCUUCACACUGGACCGAAUUGGCCGCCGUUGGACACUCUGGUGGGGAGCAGUUGGGCAGGCAGUUGCCAUGUUCCUUGUUGGAGCAUUCGCCAGGCUAGGUUUGGAUGCCACUGCCGAUGGGAACACGAGCGGUGCUGCCUCAUAUGGCGCCGCAGCAGCCUCCUUUGUGUACAUCUAUACUUUCAUAUUUGGCGCCACAUGGCUUACAGUGCCUUGGCUUUAUCCGGCUGAAAUCUUCCCCCUGACAGUGCGAGCAAAAGGCAAUGCUUGGGGUGUGGCUGGCUGGUCAGUUGGGAACGGUACCUUGACUCUGGCCUUGCCCUACAUUGUUGCCGCCAUUAACGAGAAGCUUCUCUACAUCUUCGGCGCUGUGAACAUAGUCAGUAUUCCAAUCGUGUGGGCACUAUACCCUGAGUCCAACCAACGAACACUGGAAGAAAUGGACGCUUUGUUCUCCGCCAGCACUCCUUGGGUAUGGGAUGCGGAGCGCAACUUCAAAAUGAUACAGGAGCAAGAUCCGGACAUGAGCCAGACAAAGAGACGGGCGUCAGUCGACACAAGUGAGAAAGCUGAACGCGUAGAGAUUGGUCACCACGAAAACAUCGUGUAG